AUGGCUGCUUUAGUAGAGACUGGGUUUAUCUGGUUUUGUCAAUGCAGCCAUACAGAAUUCCAUCACAGCUGCCUAUGCAGCUUCGCAGCUGAGCCUGCAAGGGCCCAUCGUCCUAGCACAGAGCCUCGGCCUGGUGCUUUUGUAUUUACAACGGAGGUUGUUGAUGGUGAAGCCAAGAGAGACUUCAGCACUGUGACCGACAUGGAGUGGGACAAGUUUUACAGCGAGGUAGCAAAGCUGAUCAAGGACCACAGCAAGGAGGACCAGCUUGCAUACAAGGUGUCCGGGGAUACUGGAAAGCCAUUGUAUAUGAAUAAUGAGCACAACUUCAAGGCGGCAAUGGAAAGGGUUGCAAAUAAGGCAAAUGUUACGCUUGGAGUGUACAAGCCUGGUAACAAGGGGGUUUCUAGCAACAAAGCUGUUUCGGAUAAGCCUGUUUAUGGAUGGGUUUGA